AUGGUUCUCGACCACUUGAUGAGUAAAGAUUUUGUCGACGACAGUGCAAGAGCCAUGUUGGAAAGCCGACUACUCAAUCUUACCAGCUACAUUCCUGUGAGGUCUGAGAGCCUCCGUCAGGGUCAAAUGUUUUAUCCUAACGAACGGUUAUCGAAGGUUCUCAUUGACAAUUAUACCUCGUUGGUCACAUUUGCAUCGUCUUACUUCAAUCUCUCGCUUGCAUCUCAUAUAACUCGGUACUUGGUAGACCUCAUCUAUGCCCUCGAGUACUGGGAAUUAUAUCAUUUGCUAUAUUUCAUUCCCAAUUUGGACUAUUUCUUCAAGCUUAUAGGCAUCGAUGUUAUCACCACUCCCUUUGGUCCAUUGGUACGGCCUCCAGAAACAUACUGCUCCGAUACCAUGUCACAGGGCUUUGAGUACCCGUUCCCUUAUCCUUUUUACAACUAUUCAUUCCAUUCCUUCGAUCCAUCUGCUUCGCAAAAAAAGCAGAGUGCAAUCCACAUCACACCGUAUGUUGAUAUAACCCUCACACACGACGAAGAAAGAAACUCCCAGGCGAGAGGCAGAGCAAAGUUGGAUAUGGCUCGAGGAGAGCAGAUCCGCAAGCAAAUUGAUCGUGGUAGUAAGGAAAAACACAAUACGGCUGAGUCAACCGAGUCCAGCGAAGAUAACCAAGAAGAUGAUGAUGAUGACGACGACGAUGACGACGAUGACGAAGAUGAAGAUGAAGAUGAUGACGAUGAUUCUAUGGACGCUGGUGAUGAUUACAGAGGCCCUUACAACGGAGAACAUGGGUUUAGUGACCAUGUAAACUACGAUCAGGCGCUGAACCGAAUCAUGGUGAAAAACGAAGCGGGACAACAGAGCUUUGCCAUCAUACCUAUCGAUGGGCGGAAUUUUGGCGGUGACAAGAAGACAAAGAACAAGUCAGGAGUGAUUCAUCAAUGCCACUUGAUUGACCCACAAAGCAACCAGACAUGCCUCAAAAUAUUCUACGGUAAAAACGAACUUUUGCGCCAUCAAGAAUUUGUGCAUGCCACCAAAAAGAAGAUAUACAAAUGUAUCUACUGCAGUCAGAACAACAACAAGGUGCAAAGCUAUCCUCGGCAUGAUUCGUUGGCGAGACAUAUACGACGGAAGCAUGGCAUUACAGGCCGUGAUAAUAAGAUGGCUGUCAACUAUGCUAAAGCCAACGUCGAGAUUAUCGAUGAGUCCUUGCCAAGGGUAGAUAUGACCGAACCCGUACCCACAGAAGAAACAUCUCCGUCGAAAGAGGUGGUGGUAGCGUUCACAGAGCAGCCGUCCUGGAAAUUUGUGCCCGACGUCCCAGCUCCGGAUACCACAGCCACCAGUCCAUUCUCGAAAUUUCUGGCGCGAGGAAAGUAA